UUUUACAAUCUCACGCGCUCUCUACCUUUUAUAGGCUUGAGAGUUGAGAAGUUGAAUUUGCCAAGAUUUCCUUAACAACACCGUCACAAACAUCGAUCUUCUAAUCUUGUCACCGCCUCAGCCAGUCUCAUCUAGUCAACGUCUUCCUUCAAUCGAUCCCUUCUCCUUCACUUCGAUCAUCAACUUCAUUCUACCUCACAAAGUUUUCUAAACACCACUUCAUCACAUCAUGUUCUCUAAAGCCUUUGCUUCGCUUCUAGUGGCUCUUAUCUCCCUUCAUCUUACAUCUGCUCAUUUCACUCUAGACUUUCCUGCUACUAGAGGAUUUGAUGAAGACAAGGAACCAUCGUUCUGCGGUGGCUUCCCUACCAAUGCUUCGGGUCGUCAACCAUUUCCUCUCUCUGGUGCUGCCCCAGUCCGCAUCACUUCGCAUCACGAUAAUGCUCAGGUAGCCAUCAUCCUCAGUGUACAACCCGAUCCAACCAAGUUUGCUGAUUUCAAUAAUACUGGGAAAGUUAGCUAUUUGAUGCCAUUCGCCAAUAUCAAGGGUCAACAAGGAUUUUGUUUCUCGGUUGAUGUUGGAGCAUUAGCCGCUCAAAUCUCACCAGCUCCAGCGAACGGUACUCUUGCUACUCUACAAGUCGAAUUCAAUGGAGGUGAUAACCCAUUAUUCCAAUGUUCUGAUUUGAUCUUGGUUCAAAAUGCCAGUAUCGCUAGUAAUGAGACUUGCUCUAACACUACCAUCGUCACUCCUUCAUCCAACUCGACUUCUAACUCGACUUCCUCAAGCCCUGUCUCCAACUCUACCUCUGCUGGAGGUUCAAACGCCAGUCAAGGCGCUAAAUCUGGUGCUGGUGUCAACAUCAUCAACUUUACUGGUUUGGUCGGUAUGAUCAUCAUCAACACCCUUGCUAUUGCUUUGUAGAAUGUACAAACAUAACUAGGAGCUUUGCACGGGGUUUUGAAACCCAUUAUGGUUUUCUUGACUUGAAUUUAUAGCUUAAUCCUUAUGUUUUGUGCACAUCUUGAGGCUUGUUGAUAAUUUUGUAAAACUUUUUGACUUGAGAUGCCCAAAACCUUUUUGUUGGUAUAUCAAGUCUAAGUUUAAAACAUAAAAAACUCACCUGAAACUGUUAACAAUUCAUCAAAUUGAACGUAUCAAAGAUUAUAAAGUACUACCAGUUUUUUCUCUUACAUCCCUACUCAUCUUUUUCCCAUUUUGUAUCUUAAAUUAAUCUUUUCUCAUUAGGAUUUGAAUGUGAGGUGUUUUCCUUGUUACUUUUGGAUAAUGGAACUUUGAUGAAGUCUUUCAUGAAUUUGACUACAUGUAAAGUUUAAAGCUU